AUGCCUGUACCCACCACCCGCGCAUACAACGAACUGGACGAGUUCGAACGUCACGUCCACAGCCUAACCGAGGGUCCUCCCCCCUUAGACCCCGACAACAAACUACAUGGCUCCCGAUCCCAAGUGCUUUGUAUCACUAAUGAUUUGGCGCUCAACAAGACAUGGGACUACUCCCCGCAAGCGUGCAACCUGCGCUUCGAGUCCGCGACUCGUGGUGCCGGGGCCGGCGCCCCCGCACGAUGCUCCUACCUGUUCACCACCGUGCCGGCGCUUUGUAACUUCGCCGGCAACCUGCACGGCGGCGCAGCCGCCACCAUGGUGGACUGCCUCACCUCGGUGCUGAUCCUGGCGCUGUCGAGCCCCGGCCGCUUCUCGACGGCGGGGACCACGCGAAACCUCCACUUGACCUACAUCCGUCCCGUACCCGUGGGGACGGAGAUGCGGCUGAACUGCGAGAUGGUCAAUAUGGGCCAGCGGAUGGCGCUGGUGAAGGCGGAGAUCUGUCGCGCGGAGGAUAGCAAGCCUUAUGUGUUCAACUCUCAGAACGACAACUCUUAUUCACAAAGUGGUGUGGUGCUAUGCACCUGCGAGCUGGGUUGA